GAGGAAGCAAAGCCAAGGGCUCUUUGUAGACUACGACGGCUGAACUUGCCGAAUUUUCUAUGCGUGUCCUCGAUUAGUCAGUCCUCCCAACUCUCCACAAUUCCGCCCGGCCGAUCGGAGCACACGGGUGAUCUCUCCAAUGGCGUCACCGUGCCUCGCCUCCCUCUUCUCCGCCGCAUCGGCUCUCCCCGCCGGCAUCGGCACGCGCCGAUCGCCGCCCUCCGCCCGCGCGUGGCACCACGACAAUUGCACGCACCAUCAGUUGCAGCGGCUGGUGGUGGCGGCGGCGGCGGCGAAGCGGCGGUACAAGGGGACGGCGAGGAAGGAGGCGGCGCUGGCGGAGCUGGUGGAGCGGAAGGUGGCGGAGGCGAUGGAGGCGUGCGCGGGGCGCGAGGCGGAGGCCGGGUGCCGCGUGGCGUGGGACGAGGUGGAGGAGGUGAGCCAGGCCAGGGCCGACCUCCGCCGCCGCAUCGCCGAGGCCCCCGGCGACCCGCUCGAGCCCUUCUGCGCGGACAACCCCGCCGACGACGACUGCGCCGUGGUCUACGUCGACGACUGACUGCGCCGUCCGUCCGCCGCGGCUCGUUUCUGCUCUGAAUCAUCAUGCUCGUUUGCUGCCUGCAGAACGAUCGAGGCUCCAGAGGGAGAACAUGUUUCUGCUUUGCAUUGAACUAUCACAGACACGUUAGUAAUAACAACUGGUAUGAUUAGGCAUCAUUAGCGCUGCUUCAUCAGAGAGCGCAAGAAUUUAUUUCAGUUCAUGGCGGUUUCAGCUGCCCCCUGUACCCUGAAUCUGAAUGCGACGAGCAUUUCUGACCGUGGUGACUUACUGGUGAACUCGCAAUUUCGAGCAA